AACCAUGGAUAGUAAUGACUACAGCGUUGUAAACGAAGCACAUCAACAAAUCUUACAUUUAUUAAAAAAAGAAUUGAAGUCCGAUAAAGUGAUUGACUCGUGGGUUUUCAUGAGUUCACCGUGGCCAAUUACCUUAAUUUUAUUAAUAUACUUAGCAUUCAUACUAAAAAUUGGUCCAGAAUUUAUGAAAAAUCGAGAACCGUUUAGUAUUAAAAAUGUAAUGUUACUUUACAACUUAAUGCAAACAAUUUUCAAUGGAUAUUUGCUGGCUUACGUGUUUAUCACACCAGGGUUACCUACAUAUAUUUGGAACCACACAUGUCAACCUGAUCAAUCGGGUACAAAAACCCAUAUUAAACAAGAGUUUCAUACAAUUUCUUGGUAUUUUGUUUUGUCAAAAAUAGUCGAUUUGUUUGACACAGUGUUUUUUGUUUUAAGAAAAAAACAGUCACACGUGUCAUUUUUGCACGUUUAUCAUCACGUUAAUAUGGUAAUAACGUGUUAUGUUCACUUGAGAUUCAUUAAAAGUGAACAAGCAGCUUUUGGAGGAGUUAUCAACUCUUUUAUACAUGUAAUCAUGUAUUUGUACUACUUCUUAGCAGCGUUAGGACCACACAUGCAGAAACAUCUAUGGUGGAAAAAGUAUUUGACUGGUAUUCAAAUUGUACAAUUCAUUCUUAACAUCAUCUAUCUGUUAGGUCUGUACGCGUUUGAUUGUAACUAUCCAAAAUUAUUUUUGUUUUAUAUGUUAGCUGACAUUAUAUUAUUUUUGUACAUGUUCUUAAAGUUUUAUAACAAUACAUAUAACAUCAAAAAUAAAUCACAGUAG